AUGCCAUUGCCAUACUACGUACAAUUCCAGAAACAAAAUGCGAUGAGACAGUGCCAACUAACACCGUUGCUGCUCUGGUGCUGUGGGGCCGCCGUGGUGCUAUGGCUCAUCAUGGUGAUCAAACUCUCGAACCGGGUCGAAAAUCCACAGUAUGGUAGGUUCUUGAGUCUAAAACUAUGAUAUUAUAGAUUUUUCUAUGCUUUUUAUUGUAUUUAAAGUAAUUUCAAGCGUUUUUUAUCCAAAAAACAUUAAAGAAAUCAAAGAUUUUACAUAAGGGGAAAGCUUUGCUCGGGAUGAGUAAUAUUUUAGCGAAAAGAAUGUUUUUUCAAUAGUUCUCAAAAAGUAAACAUUUAGCAACAAUAUAAAAACAAGAUAAGAUCUCAUUACACAUGUUAGAAUAGGUUUCUGAUCAAUUUUCCGAUAUUACACUAGGCAAAAUGCUCACAUUACUAAAAAUUAUUUAAAAAAUGACAAUAUCCCCAAUAUAUUUACAAAAAUUUCGUUCCUUAAUAUCAAGUUUUAUUCCAGACAUAGCUCAAAAACAAGAACUGAACACAGCCCUCGCCGAACUGGAUCGACUGCGACAAGAAACGGCCGAACUUCGUCAAAAACUGGCGGCCCAAGACGAAGUUCCCAAAAAUGACCAGAAACUAGAGCCAAUGCCAGUUUUGCCCGAACCUAAGCUCAAGUAUAACAUUGAUAAUGGAAAACUGUACACUAAAGAACAUGAAGUCGAGCGACGGGAGCUGGACAACCAGAUUCGGGAACUUUUCUACUACCUCAGGUUUCAGAUGGAUUCAGACGACGGAAGUGUCAAAGAUAAAGCCAAUUUCAAGGAACGGGUACUUAAUCAGGUAAGAACAGUUUAAGUAGAUUCUCAUAAACCAGUUUCAAUUACUUUUCAGAAAAUUAAUACCUAAAUUAGACUAAAAUUAUAUUGUAAUAGAAAAACAUACCUUAAUCACAUCAAAACGACGAAAAAAACGACAUCUUAAAGAUCGAAACAUUGAUAACAUAUUUUUAAUUCCAGACUAUCUCUCUGAUGGCCUUAUCGACCAACUUCGGUUCAUUAGUCGACCAGUCGGCCGCGUGGCAUAAACAAGAGCUUCAGAAAGUAACAGAUCAUAUCCAAAAACGUAUCUACGAUCUUCAGCAUCCUGAAUCUUGUUCAGCCGCAAGGUAAGUCAAUAUCCAUAGCUAAACUUGCAACAUUUUUGCCGAAUUUUCUUUAAAUUUUGUAAAAUUCGGCCGAAAAAACGAGAUUUUGUUUGAGAAGAAAUAUUGACUCAUAACUUGAAAACGUGUCAAGUUUUUUUCUGAUUUUUCUACUUAUGCUAACUUUUAUCAAUUACAUUUUUCUUGCAUUUUACAAGUGUAAAUUAACCUUUUAUUGCAUUUUAGGAUACUAGUUUGUGACCUGAACAAAGGAUGUGGAUUUGGAUGUCAGUUACACCAUGUGGCAUAUUGUCUAACUGUAGCUACCGCUUCAAAUCGCACCAUGGUGCUUGAGGGUGAUGGUGCUGGCUGGAGGUACUCGAAACAAGGCUGGACCGCUGUGUUUGAAGAUGUUUCCGGGUGCACUUAUGCCAAUUCUGUAUCUGUAAGUCUUUAUGAGAAGUUUAUGUAGGUAGCUAUACCUUUAUUUCGAUCAUUUAAUACCUAAUUUUUAAAAUAAUUUUAAAAAACCUGUCUAAAAUGAGUUUGUUUAGAAGUCUUCAAAAGCUGAAAGCUGGCGAUCUAUCGACCAGACCGAACGGGUAUUGUUCUUGACCAUCGUCGACGCUCUACAUCAACGUCCAGCUCAGCUACCGUUGAGUUUUCCGAAGCAAUUGGAAGACGAGUUGCUGACACAUCACUCGAAUCCCCCAGUGUUCUUUCAAUCUCAAUUCAUUUGGUAUUUGAUGAGAUCGAACGACCACAUGAGGGAGAUUCUGGACAAAGCUGCGGCCAAGAUUCCAUUCGACGAAGGUACGUUGUAGUAGACUUGGGGCUGUUUUGUUUGAUUUUUGAUGGUUUAGAGGGUAGUAUUUACGGUUUUUUAAUAGAAAAUAAAUGGUCUUACAGGACUUUUAAUUUUUUUGAAAAAAGCAUGCAGAUUGACAAGGUCUUUUUAAUAAAAAUGGCAGAAAAUACUAUGCCAACGCGCGCGAAUUUUAAAUUCGAAUUUUAAAAUGAAUUUAAUUUUGAUUAUUAUCCAAAUUUUCUAAACUUAUAUCAAAUUUCAUGUCGUUUUUAAAAAUUAAGACGGUUUUUUAAAAAGUUACAACAGUAGUUUUUGAUAACGCAUGUUUUCGUUACAGGACCAGUAGUAGGGUUACAAAUCAGGAGAACUGACAAGAUUGGGUUGGAAGCGGCAUUUCACGGGGUCGAUGAGUAUAUGAAAUGGGCCGAGAUUUGGUUCCAAGUUCAAGAAAAACGACAUUCACCUGAACGGUCACUGAAACGACGGGUUUACAUUGCUACAGAUGAUCCCAAGGCUGUGGAUGAGACGAGGACAAAGUAGGUCAUACUAUAACUUCUUACUAUACUCUCUGCUUUAUUUUGAUAACUCAACUUACCUAAUUCAAAAUGUUUUAGAUACCCCCACUAUGAAGUGUACGCGGAUGUAGGUAUAGCCCAGUCAGCCCAGCUAGCCAAUCGUUAUACGGACGUAUCUUUGUACGGAGUGGUAACAGAUGUGCAUAUGUUAUCUCGCUGCGACUACUUGGUAUGUACGUUCAGUUCGCAAGUCUGUCGGGUCGGCUACGAACUGAAGCAGGUCAAGGAUGGAGAUGUGGCCGAGAAGUACCAUUCUCUCGACGACAUUUACUACUACGGAGGACAACAUGGUAUGUUUUGGAGAUUUAAAGGGUUGUGUAGGAAAAUUUAUGUUUCGGCAAGGUGGUGAAGAAAUUUUAGAUAACAUAUAUUUACUAUAAAAUUAUAAAUUUUAUGUUAUAGUAGGUUGUAUAACACUGAAACUGAUAUUAUUGUACUGAAACUAUUGUCAUUGUACUCUUUUUAGCACACGAACAAACCGCCUUCGAACGUCACGUCAAAAAGGCUUCUAAUGAGAUCUCGAUGGAGGUAGGGGAUACUGUAGGCAUAGCGGGUAACCAUUGGGAUGGCUACAGUAAAGGCACCAACCGUCGUACCGGAGAAACGGGUCUGUAUCCGAGCUACAAGGUCAGAGAGAAAUGGAGAAUCGUCGACUUUCCUUGGUUUGGACUAUAA